AGAAAGAGACAGAAAGGGAGAGAGGAGAGAGAGAGAGAGAGAGAGAGAGAGAGAGAGAGAGAGAGAGAGAGAGAGAUUCACAGAGUGAAAACCUUCAUCCAUGUGGAGGGCAGGCUGAGGGAGCCACUGUCUUUACCUUGUCGACUGACGGGUCUGAGUUUUCUCCUCUUCCGGCCGUGGCACCUCCGCUGAGCUUUCAAACCAAGUCAUCCAGAGUUAGCAUCUUCCCACCCGUCACGGAAGAGAGGAGUUGGCAAGAAUUUGGCUCGCCCAUUCCCCCUGCAACCCUCUGGUGUCUUGGAGUGCUGGGCUUCAGCCAUGACUGACACCGUGUUCAGCAGCAGCUCAAGCCGUUGGAUGUGUCCCAGUGACCGACCCCUGCAAUCAAAUGAUAAAGAGCAGCUCCAGACAGGAUGGUCUGUCCACCCCAGCAGUCAGCCGGACAGACAGAGGAAACAGGAAGAGCUGACAGAUGAGGAGAAGGAAAUCAUCAACAGGGUGAUCGCUCGCGCUGAGAAGAUGGAAGAGAUGGAACAGGAGCGAAUCGGGCGCCUGGUGGACCGCCUAGAGAACAUGAGGAAGAACGUGGCCGGGGACGGGGUGAACCGCUGCAUCCUGUGUGGAGAACAGCUGGGGAUGCUGGGCUCCGCCUGUGUGGUGUGUGAGGACUGUAAGAAGAAUGUCUGCACCAAGUGUGGGGUGGAGACCUCCAACAACCGCCCACACCCUGUAUGGCUCUGCAAAAUCUGCAUCGAGCAGAGAGAGGUGUGGAAGCGCUCUGGAGCAUGGUUCUUCAAGGGCUUCCCCAAACAGGUCCUCCCACAGCCUAUGCCCAUAAAGAAGAACAAGCCCCAGCAGCCAGUCAGUGAGCCUGUGCCCGCUGCCCCUGAGCAGCCCACUCCUGAGUCCAAGCACCCUGCCCGGGCUCCAACUCGAGGUGACACUGAAGACAGGAGGGGCCCAGGUCAGAAGACAGGCCCUGACAUGACUUCUGCUCCUGGGCGAGGAAGCUACGGGCCUCCUGUGCGCAGGGCCUCUGAGGCACGAAUGAGCUCCUCUGGCCGGGACUCAGACAGCUGGGACCAGAGCCAUGGCAUGGCUGCUGGGGACCCCAGCCAGAGCCCAGCAGGUUUGAGACGGACCAACUCAGUCCAGGCUUCUAGACCUGCCCUGGCCUCAAUGCAGAGCCCGGCACCUCCCCAGCCUGGGCAACCAGGACCCCCAGGAGGCAGCAGACCCAGUCCGGGGCCAACGGGACGCUUUCCAGAUCAGAGACCAGAGGUGGCUCCCAGUGACCCCGACUAUACAGGGGCCGCCGCCCAACCCCGGGAGGAGAGAACCGGGGGAAUUGGAGGCUACUCGGCAGCUGGAAGCAGGGAGGACCGAGCGGGCCACCCCCCGGGCUCCUAUACCCAAGCCUCUGCGGCUGCUCCCCAGCCGGUGGUGGCCCCGGCCCGUCAGCCCCCACCCCCUGAGGAGGACGAGGAGGAAGCCAACAGCUAUGAUUCGGAUGAAGCAACCACCCUGGGUGCCCUGGAGUUCAGCCUUCUCUAUGACCAGGACAACAGCUCCCUGCACUGCACCAUCAUGAAGGCCAAGGGACUGAAGCCCAUGGAUUCGAACGGCUUGGCUGAUCCCUACGUUAAGCUGCACCUCCUGCCGGGAGCCAGCAAGUCCAACAAGCUUCGUACAAAAACCCUGCGGAACACCAGAAACCCCAUCUGGAACGAAACUCUGGUCUACCAUGGCAUCACAGACGAGGACAUGCAAAGGAAGACCCUCAGAAUCUCUGUCUGUGAUGAGGACAAAUUUGGCCAUAAUGAGUUUAUUGGUGAGACCAGAUUCUCCCUCAAGAAACUGAAGCCCAAUCAGAGGAAGAACUUCAAUAUCUGUCUGGAGCGGGUGAUCCCGAUGAAGCGUGCCGGAACCACUGGGUCAGCCCGAGGCAUGGCCCUCUAUGAGGAGGAGCAGGUGGAGCGUAUUGGUGACAUAGAGGAACGCGGCAAGAUCCUGGUGUCCCUCAUGUACAGCACACAGCAGGGAGGCCUCAUCGUGGGCAUCAUACGCUGCGUGCACCUGGCGGCCAUGGAUGCCAAUGGCUACUCAGACCCAUUUGUCAAGCUCUGGCUGAAACCAGACAUGGGAAAGAAAGCCAAACACAAGACUCAAAUUAAGAAGAAAACCUUGAAUCCUGAAUUUAAUGAGGAAUUUUUCUAUGACAUCAAACACAGUGACCUGGCGAAGAAGUCACUGGACAUCUCAGUCUGGGACUAUGACAUCGGCAAGUCCAAUGAUUACAUUGGAGGCUGCCAGCUGGGGAUCUCAGCCAAGGGAGAGCGCUUAAAACACUGGUACGAGUGUCUGAAAAACAAGGACAAGAAGAUCGAACGCUGGCACCAGCUACAGAACGAGAACCACGUGUCGAGCGAUUAGGAUGGUCCCCAGGUCCAUGCCCCGACCUUGUGCCCCUCACCCCCACCCCCAGCCUGCCCCAGUUGCCCGUUACAUUCUCAUCUCUCUUCUUGACACCUUCCCCACCCAUCCCUCCUGGAGCCUGCCUUUGAGGUUUCCCCUGCACCACGGACAUUGCCACCAAUAACCUCCACUCUCCGCAAUGCUGCGAUGCAGGCUCUGAAUCCAGCCUGUCUCAGAUCCCUCCAGGAUGGAGCCGUAGGGAUGAGGAGAGUUUCACAAGGAGGUUGUUAAUUUAACAACCUCUCAGCCCGGGUGAAUUACAGAGGCUCUUCAUCAUUUAGGACUGUUUUUAGACCCUUCUGGCCUUGGACACACCUAACAUCCAUCCGCCUAUACCCUCAGCUGUCAGCAGAGCCAGACAAGGUCAUGAGGAUGAGCCCUGGGACAGAAAUGGAGCACCCCAGCUCCCCCUCACCACCUCUUCACAUCAUGCACUCAAUUGCCACAAAACAGACCCCCGUGUUUAAACUCUCCAGUGACUAGGAACACACUUCCCGGCUCUAGAUGCAUCAAGAAAUGACCUUGCAGAAUACCCCAAGGGACUGGGUAGCCCCCUCUUUCAAGAUGUUCCCUAUUUGCUUCCUAGCAGACACUAGCCCCCAUUCUGUACCACCCCUCUCCCACUUCUCCUUCUUCCUUUCGCCCGAUGCCACAUUCAUCAUUUUCUUCUCACCCCCUUAUCUCUUCUCUCCGCCCCCACCUCUCGCCCCUUCUUCUUUCCCCUUCUCUGAGGGGAUAGAAUAGCAAAAGCAAAAACGUAUAUCUUAACACAGGCUCACCUCCUCGCCUCCUCUCACCAGCCUAACGAGCAAAUGCUGAGAAACUGGCAAAAUCCUGAACUACCACUUAGGUCCCUGCUUCUGUAACCACUUCUCCCCUUGGCAGAGCCGGGUGUACUUGGACCUUGGGCCGCUCGCUAGCACUGCCCCGGGUGCAUGGCAGCAUCCAGCAAGCUGUGUAGAUGCUCCGCUCAGAGGGCCUUUCUCAGCCCCUGACCUCCCCAAGUGGGCGCAGAAGGUGUUCAAACCAGAGCCCUGGUUUCCAGGGGGCCUCUCUAUAGAAGCCACCAGUCUCCUUCCUUUGCUCUUAGUUAAAUGAACACAUGACCCAUUCCCCUCACUCUCUCUCUCUCUCUCUCUGACUGUCUGUAUCCUGUCUCUAACUCAGAAUCAUCUCUGGUCUCUCUGUCUCUCUCUGUCUCUUUAUCUCUUGCACCCUGUUCAUUGUGUUGGGAGAAUAAAACACCAUCGUGCACAUAAAGCAUUAGAAAGUGACCGAUCCUGACACCAAAGGCUUUUGUUCCAUCCUGGAUUGUUCAGUCUUUCUAAAAUUUUUUUAAUUGUUUUAAAGGAGGAAAAGGCAAUGAGGUCAAACUUUAUAAGAUUUGAGUCCAGGUCAUCUCCAGUGCCCUGCGAGAAAGGCUGGAUUUUUACCCCCCAUUUCCAGUAAGUCUUCCUCCAUGAAAAUCACCCCAUUCUCUCCCAAACCCCACCAUUAUCUACAGAAGUAGCCAGAUGGACACUACUCUCUCACUGUCUCCAAACGCACACCUGUUAACCUUCCCUUUCAGGGCCUUCCACCCCCAGCUCCCUUGACAAGUCAUUGGAAGGCACUGAUUUCUUGCCUUGAAUAACCAUUUUCUAGAUGCCAGGCACCUCGCCUUCUCUACAAUGGCCAGCAGCUUCCUGGCUGCCAUCUUCCCUGCUGACCCUCUGUCUCCCCAGGGGCUCCCUUGGUGCCCAUUCUCAGCCCACCCCCUUCUCACGGUUCGCCCUUAGGAGAAAGCAUGCUGGCUGUGUCGCCCAGGCCUAACGCUGGUAUUGGCGCUGGACUCAGCAUGCGGCUAGCUCGCAGUGCCUCGGUCCAGGCGCGCCCCCUCCCUGACAGAUGUAAGCACCUCCCUGCCUAGAACACACACACACACACACACACACACACACGCCCUCUGGUGCAUGCAGAACUACCCAUCGCCUUUCUUUGUGAUGAUGUAGCCAAAAAUAAAGUAGGAAUAUCC